AUGUUGAUCUUUCAUUGGCUCUUAGUAACAUUGCUAAAGCGCAAGAAAAACAACAAAUACACUAUGCUAGAAGAAAGACUUGUAGAACCCAACUACACAGAAUAUCCAGACUAUACAUUUGAUUAUGACAAAAUUACAUCACCAUGUGACAAGAGGGAAGUCAGAAACUUCACAAAAGUAUUUUUGCCAAUUGCAUACUCAAUUAUAUGUGUCUUGGGCUUAGUGGGUAACAUCUUUGUAGUAAUGACCUUUGCUUUAUAUAAAAAACCCAAGUCUAUGACAGAUAUAUCUCUCUUCAACAUGGCCAUAGCAGACAUAUUGCUUGUUCUCACUCUUCCAUUCUGGGCAGUGAAUUAUGCUGCUGAAAAAUGGAUCUUUGGUGACUUCAUAUGCAAAAUUACCAGAGGUAUUUAUGCAAUCAACUUCAAUUGUGGUAUGCUGCUCUUGGCCUUUAUCAGUAUGGACCGAUACAUUGCUAUUGUACAGACAACAAAGUCAUUUAAACUUCGGGCUAGAAUGCUAGCAUACAGUAGACUGAUCUGUUUGGCUGUAUGGGUAUCGUCAAUUUUAAUUUCCAGUUCCACUUUCAUAUUCAGUCAAAGCUACAGCCACUCCAUCAAUGAAAUAAACGAGAUUUGUGAACACAGAUCCAAUACUGAGACAAAAGGCGCUACGUUGAAAUUAUUGCUGCAGGGUAUGCAACUUCUAUUUGGAUUUUUUAUCCCUCUGCUGCUUAUGGUAUUUUGCUAUGCAGUCAUUGUCAAAACCUUGGUGAAAGCUCAGAAUUCCAAAAGAAACAAAGCAAUAUGUCUGAUUGUAUUAAUUGUGAUUGUUUUCCUGAUUUGUCAAGUACCAUAUAACAUGGUUCUUCUUGUGACUGCCAUAAAUCUGGGUAAAUUGAAUAAACCGUGUGAUAGUGAAAAGCAAAUAGCCUUUGCGAAGUACAUUACAGAAGCCCUGGCCUUCUUCCAUUGUUGUUUGAACCCAGUGCUCUACGCUUUUAUUGGGGUGAAAUUUAGAAGUUACUUUGUGAAUAUGAUGAAGGAUCUGUGGUGCCCGAGAUACAAGAAAUACAAGACCAAGAGUUCAAGGAUAAGUUCUGAUACCGAUCACUCAAGGCAGACAAGUGAAAUUAUGAGUGACAAUGUGUCAUCCUUUACUAUGUAUUAUGAUGUCAACAUUAUUAUGAAGGAGCUUUGAUUAUAUUCAUCCACCAAUCCAAAUCAAUCUCAUUAUUCAUGUCACAGCUAGUGAUUUUGACUUUCCAACACCCUAAAUAGUAUUUCCUAUGAUCUACAGCACCCUCCAUCAAAACAAUUAACAUAAACAGAAGAAUGGCACGACUAUGGAAAACUCGUAUUAAUCACUGUCUAGCUAAUAUUUAUGCUGUUUUCAAAUACAGGCCCUUAAAAUUCUCCAGAGAGCUAAAUUUAUCAAGCAACUUCCUUGAUUCUAAUGAAAAAUUGCAAGUUUGAUUUGAACAGUGCCUUGGUAUUUUGGUUUUAAAACAGGGGUCAACUCAGCUAUCUCAUAUUAUAACAACAAUUUUAAAAGAAUCAAAAGGGCAAAUUCACCACCAGCCCAACUCCAUUUAUACUUAUGUUAUUAUUCAUUAUUUAUAUUGCAGUAGUGUCUCGAGGUCCUGACUAAGACUGGGACCCCUUUGUGCUAGCAUUGUACAUACACAUAGUAAGAGACAGUCCCCACACCACCGAGCUUGCAUUCUGAAUAGCCAAGACAGAGAGAGAAUGGGAAGGGACAUGCUCAAGGUCACAUAACAAGUCUGUGGUAGAAUGGUCUCCUGAGUCCCCGUGCAGUCCAGUGCCCUAACUACUGACUGCUGCCUCCCUAUAUAGUUGUGCCUUCUAAUGUCAGCACUGAAUUGUCCAG